AAACAAUUUCCAUCAGCUUUUAUAUCCUCAAGAAAACAUGGACAGCAAAAGAAUGGCUAUGUUGGUGGUGAUGAUGUUGGUGAUGGGGAACAUUUUGUUUGAGGCAGAGGGUAUGGCUUUUACAGAUUGUUAUAAAGGCUGUUUUGUGAUGUGUGCUGCAUCUUCUAGCGGAUUCAAGAAACUGUUCUGUCCUUUCUCGUGUAUCAAGGCCUGUAAACAGCCUACACCUUCUUCUGAGGCAACUCUAAAUGAAAUUGACCAGACUGAUUAUUUUUGUAAACUCGGAUGUGCCACUGAUCGUUGUGCUUCAUCCUCCUCGAUCCAUGAUAAGGAUCAUGCAGAGAAAGUUUCAGUAUGUGUGGAUUCAUGCUCAGAUAUAUGCUCCCGCAAGAACUAAAACACAAAUUAGUUUGUUAUUGUAUACUUCCAUGAAAAAUCAAUGUCUAAAUUAAAAGAUUCGAG